AUGGGCAACUCUAGUACAAAGCUGGCAGAAAAAUGUUCCCUGCUGGCCAAGAGUGAAGUGCCGGUGGUGGCAAGCUCCUUUAAGCUAGUCAGCAAAAACUCGGAACGCAUCAAGGAGGAUGAUCUCAUGAAAUUCUGGGGCUCACAGAUGGAUCCCCGGUUGGCACAAUAUAUCACCAACUUCCUGUUCGGACCGCUCGGUGCCCGGUCACCGGUGGUCGAAUUUCAACGGUUUGCCGAACUGUACGUCUACUGCGUGCGUGGCACCAUCGACGAACGCAUCAACGUGCUGCUGUGCAGUCUCGGCCAGCAACCCGAAUCGGAAUCGACCGAAAUUGCUUAUCCGCUUAUCAAAGAGUACGUGGAGGCGGUCGUCAGCAGCUACAUGAGAGCGAUUCGGCUAGAAGGUGGACCACAGUUCAAAUCGUGGGAAUCGCGUGGUUUCCGCGUCGUUAAGGACUGCAUUCAGAAGCUGGCCGAAAGCUUAGCGUACGAUGUGGUACAGCAGGGCACACAGAAGGUAACGCGGGCCGAUGCGGAACGAUGGUUACAUAAAAACCCAACCUUCCUGAAGAUGCUGGAACACGUGUUUUCCCACCUGUACCAUUACCGCAACGUGAAGAACACAUCGGAGGCGGAUGGAAAUGCGCGCAAAAGUAUCAUCCCGCAGGAGGCGCUCCAAUCGAUGUUGCCAUACUGCGAGGGCCUCCAGUACGUACCGGACUAUCCGGCCUUUACCGAUUUGUCGCAGAUGCUGUUUAUCAACUCGAACCUGCCCGGAACGCAGCAAAACAAAUGGCGCUUUCUGUUUUCAUCGCAAAUACAUGGUGAAAGCUUUUCAACCUUGCUAGGUCGCAUUAUGGAUCAAGGAUCUACGGUAGUGAUUGUGGAGGAUGCGAACGGUUACAUCUUCGGUGGCUAUGCAACGGAAUCGUGGGCCCUCAGUCCCAACUAUGUCGGCAACGAAAACUCGUUUCUCUUUACGCUUCGGCCAAAGAUGCGAUGCUUCCCUAGUACCGGCUAUAACGAUCACUAUCAAUAUCUGAAUCUUCACCAACAGACGAUGCCAAAUGGAAUGGGUAUGGGAGGACAGCACAGCUAUUGGGGAUUGUGGCUGGACAGCGAGUACGGUGUGGGCGAGUGUUCCGAGUCCUGCACGACGUACAAAGGCUAUUUUCAGCUAAGCGCCACCAAGAAGUUUGAAAUCAGAAAUGUUGAGGUUUGGGGCGUCGGUGAUAAACCGGUGAAGGAAGAUGAAGCGGAGGACGAAAAGUCGGGCGCUCGUUCCGUGCUGGAUGGUAAUGCGGACAGUAAGGCGAUUCUGAAGAUGAGCGGACGGGAACAGUACUCGGACGGCUACCGGGAGGAGCCAAAGGAUUAAAAAUUGCGUAAGCACGCCAGAAAGCAGAAGUGUUUCGUGCUGGGCCGCUCGAUGGAGAUCAACUUGGUGGAUGUAACGGAUACAUUCAAUUUCAACUUUUU